UCAAGUGACCGUCGCGCAGAUAGAUCGUGCCGUAUGAGUCAAUCAAUUUAAGUUAUCUACGAGCUUUUGUAACAGUGUUUCUAUUAUUGACAAACUGAUACCAGUGUACUUAUUCAUAACGUGGAUAAAGCCUAGUGAACAGUGAAAAAACUUUAAAAAAAAUGCGGUAACGUGUACAAACCAAAAACAUUUUUUUAAUAUUAAAACAGUGAUGUUAAAGUGCUAAUUCAUUACGCAUCGACGACGUGGAUUAACUUAACUUAGAAACCGGUUUACACUCGUCACAAAAAACCUAAAGGCAUAGCGCAAAUUUAACAGGCUACGUUGUAGCGACGAUAGCUCGGUGGAGAAAUUCACACGAUUAACUCACGCGGUCGGUGGUUCGAGUCUACGAGGAGGAAAAAAAAUUUUUUUUUUUUUUUUUCUUCUUAUCCUAUCGAGGCAAUAUCUAUUGAACCAAGAUUGAACCAUGUAUAAGACCCCUCCAAAAAAUUCUCCUAACCAACAGUCAUCACGCACUGAAUCUGAUUCUUGCAGACUGAUUACUGAAGACGGCCACUCUUCGGAACCUUCUGCAACAAACAUUACUCAGCGCGCAAAGCGUCGCCGGCACAACGACCAUCAUAAUGACCAAAUGAACGAACUUAGAAUUGAUUUGAAUAGUAUGAUCAGAGAAUUAAUAAACUCCCAGAAUACUAGAUUGGAUAAACUGGAAACUCUUAUAACGGACAUAAAAACACAAUACGCAAAAAUUGAAGAAACUAACACUGAGAUUGAAAAAUCUGUCACAUACAUCUCAGAUCAACUCACUGAGCUUGAAUCAAAAAUAUCGGGUCUUGAAGUUCUUCGCAUUGACAUGGAGAAAAAAAUAUCCUCACUUGAAGAAAAAAUAGAGGCUCUGGAGCGCCACAGCAUUAAAACCUGUGUUGAACUGCGUAAUGUACCAAAAAUACCGCAAGAAAAUAAAAGUUCUAUCUACACAACCAUACGGCAUUUAGCAAAACAACUAGAUACGGAAGUUUCUCUCUCUGACAUCCGAGACAUUACUAGGUUGCCGUCCAAAAAAGAUAGAGAAAUAAAAGCACCACCGAUGCAGUUCAGGAACUAA